AUGACUGACACUAUAUUGCAGUUUACGAACGAUGGGAUAUCUGCCAGUAAAAUUGUUUUGCUAACACCACCAGCCAUAUCAAUAGAUAUGUACACAGAGUUCUGUAAAGAACAAGGUAAUUUGAAUUGCUAACUCUAUACGAGUAUGGAAACAUUCUCCUGUUAUAUAACCGUUAUUCUAGGAGGGUGACACCAAUUAUGUACUGUGAAAAGUGUUCUUCCUGGUGGCCCCUCCCUUUGUUAAAAAGUGGGGGUAGCAUUUCCCGAGAAAAAAUUUACCCCUUGAUACUAAGUGUUGUCUAAGUGUCUUCUAGUGUAUUGAUCCGAAAAAUGUCAGGAAACCAUUUUGCUCUGGUUAAUUUGCUGUUUUAGAACUAGUACUUCAAGGUUGAGAGUGAGUUUAUUGAUCUGGAUCCAGUUGUUUAAAAGUUAAACUGGAUAAAUCUCUGACUAUCCAGUUGAUAGUGCAAUCAGUUUUCCUAACACUCAUCCACUGGAUAGUGAGUUAUUAACCCAUGGAUAUUGUUUUUCCAACCUUUCAAACAAAUUGGGGCUUGUGAUUUAGCUAGCCUGUAUGCAAGCUGAGAAUCCUUUCAACUCUUAGUGGCAAGUGAAGUAUGCAAGAGAACAUUGGAGCAGACAGUGAAGUGCUCUUGCAUUAAUCCUUUUUUUUGCCUUGUGCAAAUCAAACUUUUUACGAUUUCCCUUAAAUGGGGAGUUUGCACGCUGGCUUGUUCUUGACAAGUCUUCCCUAGGGUCUUUGGAGUUUACGGUUUGCCAGGAUGAAAGGUGCCCUUAAAGGCCUACCCCCAGGGGCCAGGGGGGGGGGGACUUCGCAUAUGAAAGGGGUGAGGAUGCUUGUCGUCUCAUAUAGGGGUGUAAAUUUCGGAUUUUGGUCAUCACUUAGGGUGUUUUGGGCAAAACGCCAUAUUUAGCCAUGUAGGUCUCUUGUAGGGUUGCAUGCAAAAAAAUAUAUAAAUAUGUAUAUUUUUUUGGUCUCUUUUAGGGGUCAAAAAAAGCUUGGGCCUUGCCCAGAUCUUUCUCCUUUAGCAGUUUAAUUCAAAAUUUCCAACGAGCAUCCCCACCCCUUUCAUAUGCGGAGUCCACCCCCCGGGGGCCUACUUUACCUUACCUUUCAAUGAACCUUUCAAAUAACCCAUUUUUUAAGACAGUGUAAAAAUAGUUAACCUAAAGAAAUGUUCAAUUUUUUUUUCUCCAGGAAGGGAAAUGAGCUUGUCCAAUGAGAGAUUAAAACUUUUUGCUGAAAAAUGUGCUGAAUUGGAAAAAACACUUGGAGUGGAUGUUGUUGAUCUGUACACUUUAUUUCAUGCACAACCAGUAAGACAUCCUGCUGUCUAUAUAAAUUGUUAGAUAUUGAAUUGAUUUUAUUGUCAUAAUGAUUGACAGGAGGAUUUUUCACUAAAAUCAGUAAAUCAGUAUUUGCUGAAUUCCUAUAGAAACAAAGAAAGAAAGAAAUGAAGAGAUAUUGAAAUAAGAGAAAAAAGGGAAAACCUGGAAAGAAGAGAAGGCUAACAGGAGAAACAGAGGUGGGAACCAGGAGAGAAGUGGUGGGGAUUCAGGGCAGAAGCGGUGGGAAUCAGGGUAAAGGGGUGGGAACAAGAAGAGAAGUGGUAGGAAAUUAGGGCAGAAGGGGUGGGAACAGGAGAGAAGUGGUAGGGAAUCAGGGCAGAAGGGGUGGGAACUAGGAGAGAAGUGGUGGGGAAUCAGGACAGAAAGGGUGGGAACUAGGAGGGAAGAGGUGGGAAUCAGGAAAGAAGGGGUGGGAACCACGAGGGAAGAAGUGGGAAUCAGGGAAGAAGGGGUGGGAAAUAGGAGAGAUGUGGUGGGAAAUCAGGACAGAAGUGGGUGGGAAACAGGAGAGAUGUGGUGUGGAAUCAGGGCAGAAUGGGUGGGAAGCAGGAAAGAAUGAGUGGGAACCAGGCAGGAGAGAAGGGGAAACAAUAUUGAAAGUGCAAAGAAUUGUCGGUAAGUUAAGGUUAAGGGACUGAAGUUUAAAAAUCUUCACGCCCUUUAAUUUUCAUUGUAUUGUUAACUAACCAUCAUUUUCACCGUUUUGUUUCUUUAAGAACUGGACUUCAUUCCUGAGUGAUGGUCUCCAUCUAUCAAAAGAAGGGAACCAUUUUGUGGCAAAGCAAGUGAUUCCCAUUCUGGAGGCCAAGCUAGCAAAAUUACCUCAGGUGUUCCCUGAUUGGAAGGAAAUUGAUCAUAAAACUCCUGAGAACACAUUCUGUAAUUAAGAGUCACAAGAAAAGGGCUGUCUUUUUUUGGCACUUCUCUAUACUUAGGUAAUGCUCUGAUUCAGUGUGCUUUUCAUCUCUUUCAUAAUAAUAAGAAGUGGUAAAAGGCUCCUUAACCUUAA